AUGUACUUGAUUAGUCUUCAGGAAACGAAUAUGUGUCUCCAAGCUAAGGAUGAUGUUGGAAAUGUAGAUAUUAAACAAUGUAAUAAUAAAGGUGGAAAACAGUUUUGGAUGUUUACUGAUAUAGGAGAAAUUCGUAAAGAUGAGACAUGUUUAACAGCAAAUGAAACUAAUCCCAUUUUAACCUAUUGUGACGAUGAUAGAGGAGAAAAUGCAAUAAGUAUAAAUACUAAGCAAUGGUUCUUAAAUAACUCCACAAAUCAGAUUUCCAACAACAAUACCAAACAAUGCUUGGCAGUCAGUCCAAAUCGUGACUAUAUUUUAAUGGAAAAUUGUCGCAAAAAAAGCUGGCGGCAACGUUGGAUUUUAAUAUGA